GGCAAUAAACCGCGGUGAAGUGCGGGUAAAUUAAGCAGCGUUGGUUAAACAGGAUGAAGAUGAAACGCACGGAUCUAACGUGGGAUUAUUUGCUGGCGAUGGUGUCGAGCAUGAACGGCACAAAUAACUGGCCGCCGGCCGAGGUGUCCGAGGACCCUCCGGCAUGGUCCGCCCUCCCGAUUUUAACCCUGAUUAUCCUCGCCGGCACCGUCCUGGGGAACGCGGCGCUGCUGGUGUACCUCCGCUGGAUCCGCGUGCACCUCGACGUCCUGUGGAUGUACCUGGGGAACCUCCUGCUCGCCAACAUCCUGUACCAGGGCGUCACGGGGUCCCUGGCGGUCAUCGACCGGGUGUAUUCCUACUGGUGGUUGGCGGACGCCGUCUGUACGCUGUAUUUAUACGCCCAGUACGCCCUGCUCCUCGUCCAGAUCACCGCCCGCGGCCUGGUGACCCUCCAGGCCCUGUUCCUGUGUUUCGGACACGCCCGGUGGAUCGGGCAGCGCACGGUGGCGGGGUACGUGUGUCUGGGGGGCUGGGUGGCUGUCCAUGCGUACUGCGCGUUCGGGAUUGUCCGGGACGCCGGGAGCCGUAUCCCGCUGGACUACUUCGGGUGCCGGAUGAACGUGUUUGUCGCCGCGGUGCGCGGAUGGUUGGCGGCGUUCGGGGCGGCGCGGGUGGCGCUGUUCCUGUUCGUCGUCGUGGGGUUCGUGGUGCUGGCGUGCAAGCAGCCGGUGGUGUAUAAGAACGGGAAAGACCGGGAGGUCACGGAGGUAACGCGGAAGACGGAGCUGCACAGCGAGGUCGAGAAACCCAAGGUGGAGGAAAAGAAAAAGGAUACUAAAAAGGAGGCGGAGGAGAAGAAGAAGGAGACGAAGAAGGAGAAGAAAAAAGAGAAGGACAAGGAGAAGGAAAAGGCGGAGCGGGAGAAGGAGCUGAGUCUUAGCCAGCCGGUGCCGUCGUCGGAAUUCGUCACCACGGCGAGACUGGCCACUUAUACAGGACUGGAGCUGCACUUGACCACAUCGGCAUCCACGAACGGCCUCCCCGUCCCGGAGGACCUCCCGGGCCCCUCGAACGGUCCCCCAGGCACCAUGGACACCCCCUCCGACUCCGGCCUGACCCCGCAGCUGUUCCAGUGCAUCAACCGGCGUCUGACCCUCCUCGUUCUGCUCUGCUGGACCCCCAAGGUCAUCCACAUGCUCCUGGACAUCGCCAUGCCCCGCAGCGCCCCGGCGCCCAACGUCCGCGACGGUCUCUCGUUGUGGUACGACCUGGCCGGGAUGCUGGACCCCUUGGUCGUGUUCCUCAGCGUCCCGGCGUUGCGCCGCCCCGGCCGGCGUCGCCACCAGGCCACCACCCAGGAAAUUACCGUCAAUGUCGUCAGCACGGUAUAAUAUUACAGCGCUGGUGUUGUUUGUGAUAGACGCUGCAGCUCUGUAUUACGCAAAACCUAGCACAGUUCUUUUCGAGUAAUUA